GGAAAUGCUUGGAAAUGUUUAUCAUAUUUCUCCACAGUCUGAUAGGCAAAUUAUAAAAUGGAAAAAAAUUAAAUAAGUUUCCUUACUGCAGAGUUCGUUCCCCCGGGAUGCAGACGGACAACUCCGGACAAGGCGUGCUGGAGGUGACACAUACGAUAUGAAGCAUGCAUACAUGCUUCAGUAGAGCAAGAAAAGAAAAGAAAAAAACAUCAGCUGCAAAAGAGGAGGGACCAAAAUGAAAGAGGGCAGAAAAGGGGCGCGACCAAGUGGAAGAGUGUGUGAUUUCUUCCAGAGGAGGCAGUUGUCAUCGUGGAAGUUUGAGGAGUAAAAAGUCAAAUGGACCAAAAACCUGAACUGGUGACCCACAAAGGCUUCAAGUUCAUCCUUGGAACUCAUGAUCCUAACGACGUGGACUCCAUUUGUCAACUAGAGACAAGAGAUUCUGAUGUGUUUGUCGUCACCUAUCCCAAAUCAGGAACCAUAUGGAUGCAGCAGAUCUUGCUGCUCCUGGAGGCAAAGGGAGAUGUGACGGCCAUCGGCGCGGCAAAAAGCUCCUCCAAUGCUGAUCUCGUUCCCUGGAUUGAGGUGAUUGGUUCCAGGCAGGCGUUCAUGACUGCACCGUCACCCAGGCUGAGGGUCUCCCACCUUGCUUACCACUUCAUGCCCCGGGCCCUCAGGCAGAAGACGGGUAAGGUGAUAUACGUGGCAAGGAACCCCAAAGAUGUCCUCGUUUCCUACUACUUCUUCCAUAAACUCGCAAACAUGCUGGAAACCCCUGCAAGUUUUGAAGACUUCUUUGACAAGUUCCUCAAAGGAGACGUGUUUGGCUCCAGCUGGUUCGAGCAUGUCAAGACUUGGUAUUUCCACAAAGAUGAUGUCAACAUGCUCUUCAUCACCUACGAAGAAAUGAUUCAGGACCUGAAGUGGACAGUGAAGAGGAUUUCCCUGUUUGUUGGCCAAGAUCUGAGGGAGGAGCAGCUGGCCAAUGUGGUGAAGUUCAGCACCUUCAGCAACAUGAGGAAGAUCCCUCAAGCCAGCUAUGAGCAGGUUCCGGAUGACAUGUUCAACCACCACAUGGGCAGCUUCAUGAGGAAAGGGACGGUGGGUGACUGGAAGAAUCACUUCACUGUGGCUCAGAAUGAGAUCUUUGACAAGGUCUUCCAGAGGGAGAUGAAGGACUUUCCUGUGUCUUUUAUCUGGGACACGCUGUGACCAGAUGCUCAUCAGGCAAACCAUUUUUACACUUUUGAGUCACCUUUUGUUUCCAUUGUAACUAGGUGUGUCCCAUCCAAUAUCGAAACCAGUCUGAUAUCAGGAAAAAAAGAAGUAAAAGCUUCGAUACAAGCAGUCCUGCAGCGUGUUUACUUGUGUGUGAUAUCAUGUGCGAUACAAGCAGUCCUGCAGCGUGUUUACUAGUGUGUGAUAUCAUGUGCGAUACAAGCAGUCCUGCAGCGUGUUUACUAGUGUGUGAUAUCAUGUGCGAUACAAGCAGUCCUGCAGCGUCUUUAUUUGUGUGUGAUAUCAUGUGCGAUACAAGCAGUCCUGCAGCGUGUUUACUUGUGUGUGAUUUCAUGUUUUGAUGCUGGGAUUGUAAAUUGUGCAAAAUAAGACAUUCAGUUCAACUAGAAUUUUUGGGCUACAGAAUGUGGAAUUAUGGGAAAACUAGAAUUUUUGGAACACGGGAA